GUAAAGGAUUUGCCCCAAGGUAAUUCUCCAAUUUGGCACGCUACCUCUUGCGCUAUUGGCAGUGCUUGAAAAGUGUACGUCCCGCCACGCCCAGUUCCCCGCGAGCUCCUUCCCCCAGACUCAGUGCAGCAGCAGAUGUCAGAGGUGCGCAGUGUUUGAGAACUGACAAGACUUGUCUUUUGACAUCUGAGACUUGUCUGGGAAAUCAGUGUCUCCACUGUAAGCUCUGCAGGCAGUGGCCGUUUCCUCUGUUGUCUCUCCCAAAUUUACUGCGGGCCUCCUUCCCCCGUGUCCGAGGUCCAGAGCUGGCUUCUCUGCCUGGCGGUGGGAAGUGGGGCGGUCCCGCCGCUGGGGAGUGUGGCGGGGCGGGGGAACGCCUGCUGGCUCCCGGCCCGCCGAGGCUGCGGCGCGCGGGCAGACCAGGUGGCCGCUGGCCAGGCUGGGCGCUGUAAGCUCCCGGGUGCGCGCUGCGCCCGCGGCAGGUUCCCGACCCAGAGCCGGCGGCGCCGGCGCCCGCGCCCGAGCUGCGUGCGCGGCGGGAUGGCGGCGGCCUCGCGGGCUCGCGGCUGGGCGCCCAGGCCGCUCCUGCUCCUCCCGCUGCUGCUGGGACCGCUUGUGCCCGCCGGGUGCGCGGCCGCGGCCCGACUCAGCCUGCACCCGCCCUACUUCAACCUGGCCGAGGCGGCGCGCAUUUGGGCCACCGCCACCUGCGGGAAGCGCGAGGCCGGCAGCACGCGGCCCCGGCCCGAGCUCUACUGCAAGUUGGUGGGGGGUCCCCCCGCCCCCGGCAGCGGCCACCCCAUCCAGGCGACCGGGAAGGGCCCCCCAGUCCUUGCGCGGGCCGGCGGCUCCGGGAGUGACCCUGCGGGAGCCCCGCCCUUACCCACACGCCCGAGGCGGGGAUGCGCGAAGCGCGCGAAGUGGAUAGAGGCCAGGUUCAGUCUGGGCACACGGAGGACAAGGUCUGAAGCUGCGCGGUAAGGUGUCGGUGGAACUGCGGUCCCAGUCUCCAUGGACACCCAGGUAGCGCGGGGCCGGAGCCCCGCCUCCCCCCCCACCGCCCAGGCUUCAUACGCUCGCCUCCCUAGAGGCACCUCUUCUCACAGACCUUGUUCUGAGAAGUUGGUGGCAGUUGGCUCUUGCGGGUAUUUAAAAGAAUUUUUUUAAGAUUAUAUAUAGUUUCACUCCGUUGCACCUAAAAGAUGCACUUCACCCUAUUGCCUGAAGUGCCACCAUUCCGUCACUGGGGCGAGUCAGGCUUGAAAUGAACAGAGCUAGACACGACGCUCCGAGCCCGACAGAGAAUCGUACCAGGAACCCCUGGGGUGCUGAUUGCAUCCCUGGAGCUUCAUGAGCAUCUGGAGGUGUGCCCGCUCUUUCUCCACGACCCUCACAAAGCGCUAGAAACCGAGCAGGUGAGCAGGUUAAGAAACCUGCCCGUGUCGUUGAAUAGAGCAGCUGCAUUUGCACACAGCCAAAUCCUCCAAAGAGGAAGCAGUUUCGGAGCUUGGGCUCCAAAAGUGAAAAAGAUUAUCAUUGAGAAUCUAGGUCACUGUUUUAGAAACUCUUUUGACUAUGCACUUUCAUAACUGACAAAUUGUUGAAUAUGCAGUGUCAAUAUGUGCUUGCUUAUAUUUUAUAUGCAUGUAUUGCUUUAUUAAUAUAUUGUUUGUAUAAACUAUAAACCAUGCAAAAACAGAAAUAAAGAAAAUAAUGAUGAAAAUACUUAACAAUUUUCUCUGUUAAU